GCCAGGCUCCGCCCCCAGCAGAGGCGGAAGUGGAGCCGCCCGAGUCUUGCCGCGUUGCCGCCGGUUCCAGGGUCCAUGGCCGCCUACUCCUAUCGCCCUGGCCCGGGUUCCGGCCCGGGCCCAGCUGCGGGCGCGGCGUUGCCGGACCAGAGCUUCCUGUGGAACGUCUUCCAGCGAGUUGAUAAAGACAGGAGUGGGGUGAUAUCGGACAGUGAGCUUCAGCAGGCGCUAUCCAAUGGCACAUGGACCCCGUUUAACCCAGUGACUGUCAGGUCAAUCAUUUCUAUGUUUGACCGGGAGAACAAGGCUGGCGUGAACUUCAGCGAAUUCACAGGCGUGUGGAAGUACAUCACAGACUGGCAGAAUGUCUUCCGCACCUAUGACAGGGACAACUCUGGAAUGAUCGACAAGAACGAGCUCAAGCAAGCACUCUCAGGUUUUGGCUAUCGGCUCUCUGACCAGUUCCACGACAUCCUCAUUCGGAAAUUUGACAGACAAGGACGAGGGCAGAUUGCCUUUGAUGACUUCAUCCAGGGCUGCAUUGUCUUACAGAGGUUGACGGACAUAUUCAGACGUUACGACACGGAUCAAGAUGGCUGGAUUCAGGUGUCCUAUGAGCAGUAUCUCUCCAUGGUCUUCAGCAUUGUAUAAUGCACGCCUUGUGGACAGCAGCACAUCAUAUGAGAAAAGACUGAAAAUGCCAAAUUCCUUCCCUGUAACAAAUGGGGACCCAGAUGCAGUUAGAUGCUGUUCUUCCGUCGGAUCUUGUGUAGUUAACACUUGGGGACCUGGCUGUACAUAUGUGGAUAAGCUGACUACGGCUUUGCAGUCGUAGCAGCCACCAUGUCAACAUAAGAAACACUGGGUUUGCUGGCCUGCUGAUUGUGCCAUGAGGCGAAACCUAAUAAUGGUUCAGGUGUUCUCCCAAAAUGCAUCAUGUACUUUCCUCGAUCUCCAGUUCUGUAGUGGAAAUGCUUUUAUCAGCCAAUAGAAUUUUUAAGUGAAAUGAACUUGCACAGAGGCUUUCACGUGCCUUACUUUUCUAAAAGGAGUUUAUUGUAUUCAUUGGAAUAGGCAACAUAAGCAAUAAAGUAAAGGUACAGACUCAA